AUGACUUCGCCAGCGGAAUUCCAUGGUUGGAUUGGCCACGACAAGACAGCUGCUGAAGGCAAUAUGACAUGGUCGCCCUUUACGCCCAAGCCGUUCAACGAUAUUGAUGUUGAUAUCAAAGUUUCCCAUUGCGGCAUCUGUGGCAGUGACAUUCACACGCUAAGAUCUGGCUGGGGCACGACACACUAUCCAAUCUGUGUAGGCCACGAAAUUGCUGGCCAUGUCGUUCGUGUUGGAGAGAAAGUGACGGGCCUGAAGCUGGGGGAUAGGGUCGGGGUAGGAGCGCAAGCUUUUGCUUGUCUCAAGUGCGAGGAAUGUCGCACUGGCAUGGAGCCGUAUUGUACAAAGAUGGUGGGCACUUACAAUGGGAAAUAUCCAGAUGGCAGUUGGAGUAUGGGCGGGUAUGCAGACCACGUCCGUGUGCCUGGCCACUUCGCCAUCAAGAUCCCUGCUCGACUGAGAUCGGAAGAUGCUGCUCCUAUGAUGUGUGGUGGUAUCACGGUUUAUUCGCCUCUGAAGAAGAAUGGUGCAGGACCAGGGAAGAGCGUUGGAGUCGUGGGACUGGGUGGAUUGGGCCACUUUGGCGUGCUGUUCGCCAGCGCACUUGGCUGUGAAAAGGUUGUUGCGAUUAGCAGACGGCGCAACAAAGUUGAAGACGCAAAAGCAAUGGGCGCAACGGAUUACAUUGCUACCUCCGAGGACGAAAAGUGGGCGCGCAAGCACAGUCGAAGUCUCGACCUUAUCAUUAGCACGGUCAGCUCACCAGACAUGCCGCUCGAAUCCUACCUCCGUCUGCUCCGUACCGGCGGGCAGUUUAUUCAAGUCGGUGCGCCAGAAGACAAGCUGCCACCAAUUGCAGCGUUUGGUUUGAUUGGCAAGGGCUGCAAGAUCGGUGGUAGUCAGAUUGGAAGCCCGAAGGAGAUUGAAGAGAUGCUGAAUUUUGCAGCUGAGAAGGGUAUCAAGCCUUGGGUGCAGAAAAGGAAUAUGAAGGAUGCGAAUAAGAGUGUUGUGGACAUGGAGAACGGUGAGGCUAGGUAUCGGUAUGUGUUGGUCAAUACAGAUCACAGUGAUAGGGCGAAGAUUUAA